AUUGAGCUACCUGUUCCACAGUUUGAGACUGACUGCAGGCAAUUCACCGAGUCAUUAUUUAAAUGCCCCACACCAAAGCUUGGGGGCCCAGUCUUCAGAGGCAGCGAGACAGAGACAGAAGGAUAGAUUCUCAAACCUGAUGCUGAGAGACGCUGUCUCCUAUUUAAUCGUCACUGAUUAGAGCGGAUUAUGAACGCUUUUGGACAGCAGCCAUCCAACCCACAAUCUACCCCUCUCCAGCAUCACAACGCACAAGAUCUCCUAGACAUGGCCGUUUACUGCGACAAUUUCAACAUGUACCAGCAAAACCUGCAUCACCAUACCCACCCCCAGAGACCAUCUACGCAUGGGUACGGGCUGGGCGAUUAUACCUCGCCAACGACCAACCCCUACCUCUGGCUCAACGGCCCCGGCAUUAACUCGUCUCCCUACUUGCCUGGGACGAACGGAGCUUCUUAUAUGGCCUCAAGUUAUGGAGCAAAUCAGAGGCAGUUUCUGGCGCCGCCGACCGGGUUUGCAGGUGCUGACCUUGGCUGGCUGUCCCUCUCCAGCCAGCAAGAGCUUUUUAAGAUGGUCAGACCACCAUAUUCCUACUCGGCUCUCAUUGCGAUGUCGAUCCAAACCGCCCAAGAUAAGAAAUUAACCCUCAGCCAGAUCUACCAAUAUGUGGCAGAGAACUUUCCCUUUUACAAGAAAAGCAAAGCCGGGUGGCAAAACUCUAUAAGGCACAAUCUGUCUCUGAACGACUGCUUUAAGAAAGUGGCAAGAGAAGAGGACGAUCCUGGUAAAGGAAACUACUGGACCCUCGAUCCCAACUGCGAAAAGAUGUUUGACAAUGGGAAUUUCAGAAGGAAGAGGAAGAGGAGAGCAGAUGCCAAUGGAUCCAGCUCCAAUGUCUUGUCCGGUAAACCCGAAGACAACGGCAGAGCACUUAAAACUUCGGAUACAGCCAGCCUCCCGGGCUCAGCCUCUGCUGAUCUGCAACACUCUCCGGGGUCAGGGAGCGAACCCAAAUCUUCCCCGUCGCCGGCAAUCGAACCCAGCCCUUGUUUCAACAAUUUUGUUUCCGGCAUGACUUCAAUGAUUGCUGUGAAUAACGGAAUCAACAGCAGACAAUUUUCUGGGGGGCUUUUAGGGGAGUCGACUCAAAACAGAGAGAAUCUGUCAGGACUCGGUUCAUACUCACCAACUCACAGCACGCUACUUAACGUUGAUGCCAACCAUCAAAGCCACAACCGACUGAACUACUACCCAUCGAGCCAAAACAGUGGCACGAAUGCCCCCCUAACGAACCACUUUACUGUCAACAAUUUAAUUUACAGUCGUGAAGGAACCGAAGUUUAACAUCAUAUAUAUGAAGAUUAUGGGCAAUACAUACAAUCAAGCCAAGGUGCAUUACUAAAAACAAAGUUAUUCUGUAUAGUUUGCAUUCUGAAGACAGUGCCUUAACAGAGCAAAAUCACAAAACUAUAUAUAAAUGAACAAAACUGUGAACACCAUAAUACGCACAUUACGCUUCAAAUCAAGAAGACCACGUGAAUAAUAAAAUAACAGUGAUGCAUCAUUGGCCAUAGUAAAGCCUAAUAAUGUUUCAGUGGGACAUAACUUGGUGCCUUUAGGUAUUUCAGUAUUUCUUUAGCAUUGCACUGGUAUACAAGUGUCCUAAACUUGGGGUUUGCCUUAAAAUGUUCAAAUUAGAAGACUAGUCAUCUAUGCAACAAUGUAACACACCGCAGAGAUGAUUUACAGUGCCUUAGAAUGUGCUUCUGUUAUACAUGUAGAUGUAAUUGAAUGAUUGUAUUUAAAUAUACUGAACGCAUUUCGUGUUUUAAUAAAUGAAAUUAUUUUUUUUUAA